AUGGUCGAUGGAUUGAAGAUGGAUAGGUUCUGUCGGUGGGAAGUCCUCCCAAGGUUUCUCAAUCCAAUAGAAAGAGAAGUGAUGGCAUUGGCAGGUAGAGAGCAUGUUGAGUUUUCAUCUUUAAACUCUGAAUCAAGCAGUCAAACAGAAUCAAAUUCAAAUCAAGACAUGAAUCAUAUCAAUUCUCCUUCUAUAGAUACUGAUAUAUUACAAGAACAAGAACAAGAACAACUUGGUGAGGUCACUAAUUCAUGCAUUCAUGAAUCAAAAAAUAAAGACCCCAAAAAGGAAUUGGAUGUACUUUGGCGUAGAGUAAAGACAACAGCCUCAUUAUUGAACUACUUGAAAUCAAAAGCAAAAACAACAAUGACAAAUCCCCAUUUCGCCCUCACCUCCUCCCAAUCCCAUGACAUCACAAACAUAGAUUCUUCCAAUUUCAACUCCCCAUGGAUAGACAUAAAUACCCUUCAAGAAGAAGAAGAAGAAGAUGGGGUUUACAUGAAUGAAGUGGCAAAGACUGUGGAAAUGAUCACACAGGUGAUGGAGUCUCUUGUUGAAAGGGUAAUAAUGGCAGAAUCAGAAACUGAUAUUGAGAAACAGAAGGUGGCAAUAAGUCAAGAAGAGAUUAUGAAAAAGGAAAUCCAGGUUGAGAUAAUGUCUGAGAAAUUAGAUGAAAUGGAUCGAUUUGCAGUGGAUACAAACUGUGUUCUGAAUGAAAUGAGACAGUGGGUUGACAAUUUGGUUGAAGAAACAUCAAGACAAAAGCAAAGGGCAACACAAAAUGAACAAGAACUUAUUCGUGUCAAACAGGAUUUUGAAUCUUUGAAAUCUUAUGUCAAUAGUCUUAUUAGUGUAAGAGAAACACUUGUUUCUUCAGAAAAACAGUUUCAAACAAUGGAGAAGCUUUUUGAAAGGUUGAUUGCGAAGACGACACAGCUGGAGAGUGAAAAGAAGCAGAAAGAAGGGGAAGUUGAGAAAUUAAUGGAGGAGAAUUUGAGAUUGAAUGGUGUUUUGGAUCAAAAAGAGGCUCAAUUGUUGGCUAUGAAUGAACAAUGCAAGUUUAUGGCUUUAAGUGGUUCCCAUAUUUGAGUUUUUUUUCUGAAACUUUUAUUUUUAGAUCAAAUGUCAAUUGUUAAUGUGAAGGGGAAUAUGUUGUUGUUGCUACAUUUGUAUAAAAAAGCUAAUCCAUUUCAUGUUUGGAACAACUCAAUGCUUUCUAUUUCUUUUAUUGGACAGAAAAUUGAAGGUGUUUUUUAAAAUCCCUAAUUCAAUUUGUGAAUGG